UGCAUUUUCAUUGGGUGCCUUUAAAUGGCUACGUUGUUAUCUAGUUGUGGAAGUUUUAUGCUUUCCUUUUCCACGCCGCUCGUUCCCAGCACCAAAAGUAUGACAAAGUAAAGGCCUAGCGCGCGAGGCCCAGAACAGAUCUGUGAGUGACGGCUGCUUGGCCAAUCAGAUGCGAGUAUCCCGCCCACUUGAGAGCCUUUAGACCAAUCGUUUUCACGAAAACCUCUUGCGUAGGUGAUGUUUUUUCUCUCUCGCUUCGCCCACUGGUUAUAAAAUACUGGACAAUAAAGUGUCAAAGACAGUGGACAACGGUAGAAUAUCUCUGAGCUACAAACAACACGUCCUCGUAUUUUCUGCUAAAAUAACAAUAAGACCAUUUCGAAACAGUCUAUGGUUGAGAGAUGUAAAAAAAUAAAAGGGUGUGGGACGCUCUUUUCUCCCUUUAUCCUAUUAAAUUCUCAAUUUGCGCUUAAAUAGCCAAAACUAUGCUUUAUGUAACACUUUAAAUUGGUGUUAAUCACCCGUUUCCUGACUCGGGCAUCACCAACUCUCGGUGUGUGUCCCGCCUGUGUCGCUGUCGCCUGUCUGGCUCUUUGUGCAGGCCAUAAAAUGCACACCUUUCAUCCUACACUUUGCAUAUUACUGACUGGGAUAUGGUUUGCUCGUUGAUACCGUGCUGGGUGUCCGUAUCUGCAGGCGAUUAGCCACCAAGGCUCUUCUCCAUUGUCUUCUCCAUUGUGUCCGUACGGGAAAAUCGGUUGACCAGAAAACACGUGGGCUGAGUAGUGUGAAGAUAUCCGGUUUGUGCGUCGCACUCGCAGCCCGGACUGCCUCCGCUAUGGGGAACGGAGAGGGCUGUAGCCUGGACAAAAGAAGGGAGCCUUGAUGUGGGCAGUAUGAGUAAGACGCCCCCUAACAGAAGAGGGAUAUCUUUUGAGGUGGGAGCUCAGCUCGAGGCCAGAGACAGCCUCAAAAACUGGUAUGCUGCCAAUAUAGAGAAGGUUGACUUUGAAGAAGAAAAAAUUCUGGUCCAUUACCGCCAGUGGAGCCACCGUUACGACGAGUGGUUUGACUGGACCAGUCCCUACCUGAGACCCGUGGAGAGAGUGACGCUGAGGCGGCAGGGCCUGCAGGACGACGCUCCUGUCCCUGGCUUUCAUGUGAACGACAAGGUCCUAGCCAGCUGGUCCGACUGCCGUUUCUACCCCGCCAAGGUCCUAUCGGUCAAUAAAGAUGCAUCUUACACUGUGAAGUUCUACGAUGGCGUUAUCCAGACAGUGAAGGAGAUACACGUGAAGCCGUUUAUUAAAGAGAGAGGUGGAGGUAAGUCUCGUUCCUCUGAGAGAACCAUGGUGAGGCGGGCCCCAAACCGCAGGAGGCCUCAGGAGAACGGAGGCCCCAAGAACAAGCGAGCCAGACGCAGCACGUCCGACCGGGAGGAGGACAGCAACAGUGAGCAAGAUGAACGAGAACAGGGGAUGGUCAACGAGAAGAACAAGAAAACAAACGGCGAGCUAAGCGCUGCGCCGGCCAUCAAACAGGAAGAGGAAGUGACCGACCUGAACACGCCCAGGGAUUUAGGGAAGGGGGCGGGACUCACCAACGGCGUGAAGGAGGAAAAAGCCGAUGAGCAGAGCAAAGAGAAAUGUCUCCUGAAUGGAGAGGUGAAGCAGGAAGAGAUGGAAACAAAGCCAUAUACAGAGUCGCCCAAGCCAUACGCGGAGGAGUCACCCACAGCACAGAUGGAGCAGGUGCCUGUCUCUAUGACAACCACAGAAUCAAAAGGAGGUGUGGAGCAGAAGCCCAGCGUCCAAUCAGAAGGCUCCGAGCCCGCAGCGGAUGUACCACCUCCCGUGCCUGUGAAACCGGUGAGGAAGCAGGGUUUCCACAACCCCAACAGAUUCAGCAGAGAACCAUUGUACCGCGUCAUCAAAAACCAACCUCCUCCGGUCCUGUCCAUCAACCUGGACCACAACCCGUUUAAGUGCAGCGCUCCCGGCUGCACGAAGUCAUUCCGCAAGGCCAAGCUGCUGCAUUACCACAUGAAAUAUUACCACGGAGAGGAGCAGCCUCUGGAGGGCGAGAGCAGCCCCACCAGGAGCAUCCAGACCAGAGCCUCGGAGAAACAGACCGCUCCUCUGGACGGCAUCAAGAGGAGGCGCACCAUCUCUGCCUCUCUGCACCCUGUUGGGCCUGUCCCGGUCGCCCGUGGUGAGGUGAAGACUGCAGGCAGGCGCACAUCGGCCCCGCCUGCCGUCAGCACCCAGAUCCACCAGCAGAGGGCGCUGCUGAGGGAGAAGAGCAAGGAGAACCAUCUAGACAGGAACGGAUGCCAGCAGCUGGACUCUGACAAGAGCGGCUUUGACAUUGGGUCAGUAAAAGACAAACUGAAACAGAAACAGAAGGACUUCCUCCGUAUUAAACUAAAGAAGAAGAAGAAGAAAAAGAAGGCCAAGUCUGACUACACAGGUAGUGAGGAGAAUAUUGACAUCUCAGUUUUGGGUCUUCAGUCCAAAUUGAAUUUGCCACUCAAAUUCCCCCCCUCACACAAUCACAAGCCUGAGGCCUACCCCAGCAGGCCUGGAUACAGCUACUCACAGCAGAUACAUGUGGAUGAUGAUGAUAGCAUGAGCGACUGGUCCACUGACAGCUGUGGGUGGAGCGACGAGGACUUCGGGGGGGAUUUAGACGUCACCACGCCUCCCCUGAGUGUGGACUCGGGCGCUGUCGACACAAACGACCAGGAGUUAGUGCGCUGCAUCUGUGAGGUCGAGGAGGAGAAUGACUUCAUGAUUCAGUGUGAAGACUGUUUGUGCUGGCAGCAUGGCACCUGCAUGGGCCUGCUGGAAGACAAUGUUCCCGACCGCUACACCUGCUACAUCUGCAGAGACCCACCAGGUCAGAGACAGAGUCUGCGCUACUGGUACGACCGUGAGUGGUUGAUCAACGGUCACAUGUACGGCUUGUCCUUCCUGGAAGAGAACUACUCGCACCAAAACGCCAAGAAGAUCACCACCACCCACCAGCUGCUGGGGGACGUGCACCACGUGGUGGAGAUCCUCAGCGGACUGCAGAUCAAGAUGAACGUCCUGCAGAGCAAUACUCACCCGGACUUGCAGCUGUGGCGGCAGCCCUGGAAACAUCUGGAGAGGUCGUGGACCGCCUCGGACUCGUGCCGCAGCAGCAACGCGACUCCCGAUGAGGACAUGAGCCGAGGGGAGAUUUUAAUGUCCAACGCUCUGGAGAAGCUAAGCCGGGCCGCUACAGCCGCCACCUCCUCCUCGUCCGGCUCCUCCUUCCCAUUCCCCUCCUUCCAGGACUCGUACAUUAUCAGUGAACAUUGCUACCAGAAACCGCGGGCGUAUUACCCGGCGGUGGAGCAGAGGCUGGUGGUGGAGACCCGACAGGGCUCAGAGCUGGAGGACAGCAUGAGGAGCACCGAGGAGCUGCUGGAGCGGGAGCAGCGCUACGGGAGCCUGCUGGAAACAGACAAGCCCAAAUCCACAGGCCCCAGCAUCAAGGCUGCUCUGGGGGGCUCGUGGUCCCAGGCGGAGACGAGGGAGGAGGCGGGCAGAGACCCCGGCGAGGCUGCAGAUAACAGCAGGCAGCACCAGCAGAGGCAGAUCAACCUGCUGGACCACAUCGACGCAGUGCAGGACGAGGUCUCACACAGGAUGGACUUCAUCGAGAGGGAGCUGGACGUACUGGAGAGCUGGCUGGACUACACCGGGGAGCUGGAGCCCCCUGAGCCUCUGGCCCGCCUGCCUCAGCUGAAGCACCGCAUGAAGCGUCUGCUCACUCAGCUGGGCAAGGUGCAGCAGAUCGCCCUGUACAGCUCCACAUGAGGGCGCCAGAGAACAGCCGUCCCGUACACGGCCCGCCGCAGCAGGUGCAGCCGAGGAAGCUCACCAGUCGCAAAGACUUCGAUUAACUUAAUGCAAGUGCAAGACCUGACUCCUGCUGCCGUUUCUCCUUCUUAAAAGGUAUCUGUGUGGUGGAAUCUGAUGCUGCAGCCAGUCAGUGUCAUAUGUAUAUGAACAUACGUGGAUUGUCGGCAACAUAAAUCAGGAUUAAACACAAAAGUAACCUCGUAAACGCAGGAGAAAAACCCUUAGGACCAGAUUACUCUUCUAUGGUUCCCAUGCAGCUCUAAACCUUAUGAAUGCCUUUUGUCCGAGCUACUGCUGAAGGUUGCCCUGUCUCUUAGUACACAGCGCUUUACAUGCAGAAGAUUUAUUUUGAAAAGUGCAAUCGAGUUCCUGAACCAACUUGCAAUAGUUUUUUGGACACGUUUUCAGAUAUUAUUUUUCUUGCAUCAACAAGGUCCCAAAGCUCCGCUCCGGUCACCUGGCAUUCAAAGUAUUUUGCUUUAAAGGUGGACAGUAACUUGAAGACAUCCAGUGUCUAAGGACACUGUACAAGAAGCCUCUACAAAUAUUCUGUUUCAAGGGUUUGAUUUAUAUCUACACUGUGAAGUUAUGUUUGUCUGGAAUCAAAGGCAUCUUAUUUUCUGUUUUAGAGACGUAUAACAAGUGUGGUUUCUGUUCUGUCUUAAUCUGUAAUGGUUUUUUCUAACAGUCCUCUCAUCAUUGUGCCCGGUUUAUCAGUUAUAAUCUUUAUAUGUUUGUCAUUAUCCUUUACUCAAAUUUGCUAUUUGCAUUGUGUUUGCUGUAACACCUUGAUUCACUGAAAACUGUAAUGUGGAUUUGUCUUUUCUUAAUUUAGCAUCUUGUGCUUUUUUUUCAGUGACAAAUAAUAUUUGGAAGACCUGUACAUGUAUCUUUCUUUUCUUUUUCAUCUGUUUUAUUUACAGUAUUUGGCUUGUUUGUAAAUAUGUUAUUCAAAUAUGUGCUCUUCUUUAUUGAAAACGGAAUUCAUAUAUUGUAUGCUACUGUACUGUACGUGUCUGGCUUAGACGCUGGGACAUGUCAGAAACAAUGCAAACCAAUUUGCUGGUACAUAAAUAAAGUAUUGUUAUUAAUCACUA